AUGGCACAGCAAGUUCAAGGCAAGACGGCCAAGUCACGGGCGCGGGAUCAGCACCCACCAGGCAUCAACCUCGAAUUUGCCCGCCUUCUUCUACAACAUGGGGCCAACGUCCUCUUUUCAGAUCUCGCCCUGCGGCCUGAAGCCGAGGACCUGGUCUACCAGUACCAGUCGACGGCCAACAAGGGUCUGUUCCAGAAGACAGACGUGACGUCGUGGCCCGAUCUGAACGCUAUGUUCAAGACCGCGCAGGAGGCCUUUGGAUCCAUCGACAUCGUCUGUCCCGGCGCCGGGGUCUUCGAACCGCACUGGAGUAAUUUCUGGUAUCCCCCCGGCUCGGCGAAGUCCGGGGACGAUCCCCUGGGAGGACGAUACAAAUUGCUGGACAUCAACCUGACGCAUCCGAUCCGAAUCACGCAAAUGGCCAUCUCGCAUUUCCUGGCCGCCUCGCCGCCGCCCGCGAGCACGUCGAACCCGAAAUCCAUUGUCCACAUAGCCAGCAUUGCAGGCCAGACCGCAUCGCUGCCUGUGCCCCUCCACCAUGUCUCCAAGCACGGCGUGCAGGCUCUUGUCCGGUCUUUGGCGAGCUUGGAGCAGUCUCACGGCAUUCGCGUCACGGCGGUCAAGCCGGGCGUGGUCAAGACGCCUCUGUGGACGGAGAACCCGGAGAAACUCCGCAUGGUAAAGGUCAAGCGGGAUGACGGUGGGGGAGACGGAGACGCUUGGGUCACGCCCGAAGAGGUGGCUCAAGUCAUGCUGGCUUGUGUCAAGGACGACGAGAUUGAUAGCGUCUCCGCAGGCGGAGGCAGUAGUGGGCUGAAGGAACAGAUGGUUCCCAUCAAGGGUGGCACGUGUCUCGAAGUGCUGGCUGGCUCCGUGAGGGAUGUACCUAUGUACAAUAACAUCGGGCCUUAUGCCACAGGCAGGCCGGGCGCCAGUGCCAGUGAUUCACAGAAGCUUGUUGAUGAGGUUAUGGAUGUGUUGAAGCCUGGUUGGGGACAGGUGUGA